UCGUUCCACUUUCCGGCAGCGGGGAGCAGGAAAGCCGAGGAGAGAGUGACGGGUAACGACCAGAGGAGACCUGAGGGAGAAGACUCAAAACUCGCAUAUUUUAAUCGUUAUUCCCGGGGGGGAUUGGUAUUGCUUUUACCUGCCCCUGACCAACAGGAUCUCUCUUUCGUGAUUCUUCUUCGUCCCCAUUUUCCCCUGAAUGAAGUGGGAUGGCUGAGGUGCCGCCUGGGCCUAGCGCGCUGCCUGCAUCCCCGGCCGAGAUUAUUCCCUUCCCCGGGGUUGGGUGCGCCAUACCCGGGGAAGGGGGGGAACGUGGCUGUGGACGAGGAGACGCAGCGAUCCCCGGGGUUGGACAGCAGCAACAAGUAAGUGAAGGGAAAGGGACGAGCAAGGCAACUCAGAACCACCUGUACUCUCACCCGGCGGUUCACCACUUCCAUACGCAGACACAGCAGCAGCAACAACUCAACGGCUUAAUAAACGCCGCGGAGGACGGCCUCGCCUGCACUCACCACAGCCGCCUCCAUAGUCAUCACCAUCACCCGGCUCACAGGCCGUCUGACAGCCCGGGGGCGCUCACCGAGCACCGCGACGGCACCGGCGGGGCUCGGGCUGGCGCCCAGGAGGGCAGCAAUUUCGGCGACAUCAACAACAGCGGCUGCCAAGGGCAGCACUGCCCGCCGCAAAACCACUCGUACUCGAACAACAACCACAGCAUGAACAGCAUGCUGACCCUGUCGGAGGAGGCGAGCUGGAGAGGCGACCGCGCCAGGACUGAGCCCCGGCCUUCCCCUGCCGACCCCCCGGCCGUGGCAGGCCUCGGGACUCCAGGGGCUGGCGUGGAGCUGGAGGCCGCUCUGGACGGCUCUUACACCGUGGAGGCAGCGGUGUCGGAGAUGGCGAGGGUGGUUCUGAAUAGCUCUGGCGGAGAACAGGGGGAGGAUGAGGAGCCGAUCCAGUACGUGCGCUAUGAGUCUGAGCUGCAGAUGCCGGACAUUAUGAGGCUGAUCACUAAGGACUUGUCGGAGCCCUACUCCAUUUACACCUACAGGUACUUCAUCCACAACUGGCCUAAGCUCUGCUUUCUGGCGAUGGUGAGGGAGGAGUGUGUGGGUGCCAUAGUGUGCAAGCUGGACAUGCACAAAAAGAUGUUUCGACGGGGCUACAUUGCCAUGCUGGCUGUGGACUCCAAAUAUAGGAGGAAAGGCAUCGGUACCAACCUGGUAAAGAAGGCUAUCUAUGCCAUGGUGGAUGGGGACUGUGAUGAGGUGGUGCUGGAGACGGAGAUCACUAACAAGUCGGCCCUGAAAUUGUAUGAAAACCUGGGCUUUGUGAGGGACAAGCGGCUCUUCCGAUACUAUUUAAAUGGGGUGGACGCUCUGCGACUCAAACUUUGGCUUCGUUAGCGGGGGCGCGCCAGCCUGGUCACGGGUUCAAGGAACAAGCUCCUUCUCAACACCACAAACAAAAUGGAAACCAGUCGAACAUGCAGAAACUAUUAAAGAGUUUAAAGUAUAUAUUAAAAAACAAAAGAGAGAGAUUGAGUUCCGCAGGCGCCCGGGUGCAGAGGGCUUCUUGCGACCGGGGAGCCUGGGCGGUGGGCUUGUUGCGGGGGUCCGGCACGCGUCCCGUCGCACAACGAGCACGGAAACGCCGGCAGCUGCGGCCACACUGGGCCGCCUCCCACGCGUCGAACCAGUGGACUGCGGUUUUUUUUUUACAAAUCAUUACAGCAAGAACGGAUCACACAAACAGGUAUAACCACCUGCAGCGAGCGCGACAUCCUGACAUUUGUGGAACUUAUUUUUAUCGUAGUUUUUUUUCCUUGCGUCUCGUGUGUCGGAAUGAGUGUGUGGGUGUAUGUGUACGUAUUGGUUUUUUUCUGUGUGUUGUGAGAACAUGCUGGAAAGGUGCUCUGUUCUAUACGGAAAUCCUGCUUCGCUCGGCGGUGUGUCACUCCGGGACGAGCAGGUACACACACAUGCUCGUGCAUGCGCAGGUUUAAAUCGUUUGAGUGGAAGCUGAAAAAUAAAAUUAAAGCCCAUUCACACCUCUGAGGAAGGAUUGACAAGUCACAAACAUAGAGGCAGAAUAUCUCCCCCUCAUCUGAUGCCAGUGCAUUGAUUAAAUUUCUGAACCUGGCCAAGAUUUCUCCCCUGUGAUGUUUUUUUUGGUAGACAUUGUUUUUAAAAGUGAUUAUUUUACUGUCGAGGUACAAGUGUAUUUUUAAUUGCCAUUACGUGACCGGUGUAUGCCAAUGUAAAACAGUUGAGAUGAACCUUAGUUUGAAAGUGAUUCGAGUGUUGGGUUUUUCCCUAAAAACAAGUUCUGAUUUAGUUUUUAUUUUGCUUUACAUAUCAGAAGAAAUAGCCAUCGAUAAAUGUGAGCACCAUUUCUAGUUGGAGUUCAAACUAGAAGUUACAGCAGAAAUGGUGCAGUCUGUCCUGAGUUGACUGCUUUAAAUCCUCAGACUCGGAACGCGAAACUGAAAUUUGCCCUUUGAGGAAAUAAUGUAAUUCAGAGGGGUCAUCCCCAAUGGGAAUGAAAGGAUUUUUUACCCUUUCCUCCUCCGUCUGGGUCAAUUUAACGUUAUUCUAAAAAUGUGUUAGUCUCAUCUACGAGAAAAGGCAUCUCUUGGUGAGAGCUAGGCAGACCACAAAGUCUCCUCCUUUCAGAUUUUCCCCAAGGGUCCUCCCCAGAGUGAUCGAAGACUCCCACCCCCUCCCUUUUUGUUUUUGGUGAGUUUUGGACUUAUGAUCUGAAGGCAGAAACUGCCUUGGAAGGUUUUUAAGCAUUUAAAGAAAAAUGACAGACGUGGUGCAUUUUUGGUGCAUUCUCUUGCUGGCAAAUAAUAAAAUUAUGCAUUUACAGCUG